UAUUUAUUUAUUUAACCUUUAUUUAUUCUGUAGAAUGUCUCUCCUCUAAGUAGUUCCCCAUAGCAAAGCCUCUUGCAAGCUAACAAUGAGGCUGAGCCUGCCAGAAAUGCAUGUCGAGUAAGAUUUGCCAUAUGGCAUAGCAAUGUCAUAGACAAUAUACAGUACGUGUUCGGGAUCUUUCUGCUGCUUGUAAUUUUAGUUUGUAGUACAAUUGACGUUGCGUAAGCUGACAACAACAAGAGCAACCUCGAGUGGCUCAAACACUGGCUAGCCAGCUAGUUAGAUAGCUAACUUUAACUGUAACGAAAUGUUCACAUAAGAGCUAGCUAUUACAUUUAGUUUAGUAUAAUCCGACUCGGUUCUCAUUCUUCAAUUUGAACACAUUUAGCUGAGUUUGCCAAGCAGCUUUUCAGCAUCCUGGUCUACCCCUCUCCUGCUCCUGCUCCUCCUCUCCUAUCUCAUCUUGGUCUUGUGCAGUAUGACAAUGCGUGUGGAUGCCAAAGUAGUUAUGCUUGGGAAGGAGAGUGUAGGUAAGACCAGCCUUGUAGAGAGAUAUGUCCACCAUCGCUUUCUUGUCGGCCCCUACCAGAACACUAUUGGGGCUGCAUUCGUUGCCAAACCAAUCCAGGUGGGAGACAAGGUGGUUACCCUGGGAAUAUGGGACACGGCUGGAUCAGAGCGCUACGAGGCUAUGAGUAGAAUCUACUACAGAGGAGCCAGGGCUGCCAUUGUCUGCUAUGAUUUAACAGACACCAGCAGUUUCCAGCGAGCUAAAUUCUGGGUGAAGGAGGUGCAAAACUGUGAAGAGCACUGCAAGAUAUACCUGUGUGGCACAAAGGUUGACCUGAUUGAGAGUGACCGGGGCCUGCGGCAAGUAGACUACCAUGACGUUCAGGACUUUGCUGAUGAGAUUGGGGCUCAGCAUUUUGAAACAUCCAGUAAAACAGGCAACAACGUGGAUGAGCUGUUCCAAAAAGUUGCAGAGGACUUUAAUAUCAUCUCCUUCCAAUUCAUGACCGAAGAGACAGGUAUUGACUUGGGUCAGAAGAAGGACUCUUAUUUCUAUUCCUGCUGCCACAAUUAAACCUUUACUGGUAGACAGCAGUCACUUGCCCUAAAACCAACCUGGAAAUGUUGGAUGGAUGCUAGACAUCCCACCUGGAGCCUGUUAAUUUAAAAUUAGAGAAAGAAAGAGAGGAGUUCAAGCAGUACUGUGUUUUUUUGAUUGCUUUUUUUAGUUGUGCCAUAGAAGGCUCAAUGCUCACUGCAUUUAAAGGAGUGCUCAUAAUGAUUGGACUUCCCCUCUCUCAGGACAAAAUACCUGCCAAGGGGGAUAUCGGAAUGAAGCAGACAAGGAAAUAGCACUUCAACCCCACUUUUUAAAAAGCCUUGUUUUCCUUAGUGUCUAUCAACUCACCUUAAUGCCGCUAUACACUUCAUGCAAACAGAGCAACGGAGCAUCGCAUACGAUCCAUUCCCAAAUUUUUGCCAAACAAAUAUACGUAGAACUAUGUGUGACAACUACUCUGUCGCUGCGUUUAUGUAGUUGGAUAGAGGUGUAUAGGGCCAUUUAGGGACAGUUCAAAGUUUACUGGGGCGGGGGGGGGUUAGAGUGUCCAACUUGAGGUGUCAGGAAAAGAAAUGUACGACCACAAAUAACAAUAACUGUGUUUAUAAAUGUGGAUAUCGACUUUGCCACUUCAGCAUGGUUUGUGGCACAGUCGAUGCACUACGAUCAGAGCCGGCUGCAGACAAUGCUCAGCUAGCUAGAAAUCUAAUGUCAAUGCACCACACAACCCAUAAGCAAAGCAUACCCAUUUCAGGCGCUUCAAGUUCAUGGUUUGUGUUUUCAACACUACAAUGAAAUAUACUGUCAAUCUCGACAAACUGAAAAUAGGCCUAGAUCCUGCCCUACCUUGCAGGCCUACCCAGUAUCGAAGGCUUGGCUUGGCAGUCUCCAAAUGUCAUUACACUUUUUGGAGUUAAACAUAUGUCUCUUUCCAUUCAUCAAAUGGCUGCUGCACAGUUUCUAGGUGCGUGAGAAAUAGCCGCUGGGAUGGAUCUCUUGAGGCAGAGCACGCGUUAAGCUUUCCUGAAUAAUGGCCUGCUGGGAGCAUAUGUGGCCACAUUUUUAUUAUAGAAUGACUUGGGAGAAUGAUGAUCUGCAACAGACAAUGCAUAUCAGUAUCAGAACUUAAAAUACAGCCAAACUGGCCUGCUACUCUGCCUAUACCUUAUUAACAGGCGAGUAGACCCACAAGUGAUCCAAAUGGAAUGAAACAUUCAAAUCACAGGGCUUUUGCACCAUUAUUUAAAUACAAUUUUCACUGCAGUUUAUAGCCUAGAGUUAAAUUUUGUACUUGAAAACAAUAAUGUAAUAUCUCAUUGCAUUGUGGUGUUAUAGGCUAGUCUAUGUAGGAUAAUUGAAACAUAAUUGUCCCAGAACCAGAUGACUAGGGGAGCUUUUUGAGUUGCGUGUCUCAUUUCUUCACAGUUCUUUCAUGCGCAAUGACCCACCUGGCCUCUUUGCUGAUAGUGAAAAUUGGUGCAACUUUGAAUGAUUUUAUCUGUGGUAUGAUGCUAGUUAGCCUAUUGUAGAUCUGGACAAAUGAUCCACCUAGCGCUAUUGUCACUAUGAAUGGUGGAUAGAAGGCAGGAUAGACUGGUAUACUAUACUGACCUGUGGUAUAGUAAAAGGUAGCUCACGGAAAAGCAUAGUGCAUAAGAGAAGAACCAAAGCAACUUGAUAUAAGGGAGGUGCAUGCAAGCGGAUGAGGACAUUUGUCUAGGAUGGAAGAAAUUAUAUAGUAAAACCUGCAAAGGGACGAAUGUAAACCAGGGAAACAACACACUACCCUCCCCUGUGCCCAAUAAAAACCCUCCCAAAAGCAAAAAGAAAGAAAGAAAAAACGUUAGACGACACCCCUAUUUUGGACCACCCCACCCCAGUAAAUCUCAAACUUUCCCUUAUAUAAAUUCAUUAUGCCAAUGACAUGUAUAGCUUUUAUCCCAUAAUCAAAUGUCUUGAGUGAGUGUGCUUUUUAAGUACUUGAUUUCAAUGACCAUUCUGUGGGUUUUGGGGCUUUAAACUAUAGACUAUUUUCAUUGUCUACUCUAGGUUGCAAUGGACUUGCCAUACUAUGUACCUGCACAUUUAUUGUCAUGUAACAUAUAUUUUUUUGUUGUCAUAAGCUCUCAUACAGUUGAACGUAUAUGGAAUGCACCAACACAGGAAAAGGUUUUUGGGUAAAUGUUGUAAUAAGAGAGUUACGUCGCCAUGGCUAAAAGUACUAGAUAAUGCCAUUGCAAAAAGAAACCCUAUAUACAGACAGCUAUGUGUAGCUAAUGUGUUUCAUAUCCAGCAAGUCACUAACUUAAUGUUUCACAGACACCUCAUCAAACUGUGGCUGACCAUUGUCGUUAUUUCACACACAAUGGGAAGUUUAAACUUUCUGUGAAUGUAUUGUUAAUGUUUACACUUCGAGACACCUUUGACCUUUUGAGACAGUCUAGCUAAUGGCUGAUUUUUACUAGAUUUUACCAAUGUGUGUUCAAAUGAGCUUAGUUAGAACUACUAUUGAAUUUGAGUGCAAAGAUAAAUGAGAGGAAAUACUGAAACCUCACUGAGGUUUUUUCUCAGUCCCACUGAAGUUGUGCAUGUAGGAGACUAGUAGUAAGCAGCAGCAAUGGGCCCACAGGCUGGUUUUCCCUUGAGUAAUGAAUCACAUAUCCAUCAUUAGCGGUGUAUAGCAGGCUCCAUUAUUGUUUACACACGCAGCAUCUUCUAUGUUGUCACUCCCCAAGGGCGCAGACCUGGUGCCUGAGAAAGAGGGAUAGUUCACAUAUUUCAUUUUCUGAAUGGUUUACAGGACUCUUAUUAGAAGGUGCAAUGUGUACAAGCAUGAAGCCAGAGGUUGUUUGCAGUCCCACAUGUGUCUGAGGCCUUGUAGAUAACAUGCAUAUAUUUCCAACACUACAGGUCCACAGAGUCUGCUGAUAUGAUCAUUCAUUGUGUGGACUCCAGUGACUGUGUUUUCUAGCAUGUUGUAAAUUGGAAAAAUAAAGAUUCAAUUUCUGCAA